UGCAAAGCAAAAAUGUCUGCCUAAGGGAAACUCGUAACUGAUAUAUAUAGAGGAUAUUUUCCCAGAUAUUGCCGUUUAAACCCACAUUUCGCUAUUCUGAGGCGUAUUGCAAGAAAGCGAGCCUUCACCAGAUCACCCUAGUCGGGAUUUUAAUCGGAAAAAAGGUUUCUAGAUCGCCAGGAUGAAUCCUCAGCAGCGGAUUGCCGCUCUUGGAACAGACAAGGAAUUAAGUGACCUGCUGGAUUUUAGUGCGAUGUUCUCUCCACCUGUAAGCGGAGGGAAAAACAGGCCCACCACUCUUGGAAGCAGUCAGUUCAGUGCAUCAGGUAUGGAUGAGCGGAACAACCAAGCAUCUUGGGCCCCAGGUGGCGAGUCCAGUCCUUCCUAUGAGUCCUCCCGGGGUUUCGCAGACAGCCCUCAUUACGGCGAUCAUUUGAGUGACAGUCGAUUAGUGUCCAAUGAAGGAUUGUCUCCAACACCUUUUAUGAACUCGAACAUAAUGGGUAAAUCAGAGAGGACUUCAUUUCUAGGCUAUGGGAGGGAUCCUGGAGCAUCUGGCUGUCAGUCUUCUCUAAGGUCGGACAUUGGGGUGGCGAGUCCUAGUUCAGUGACUACGUCAGGGAAGUCAGCUGCUCCUUUCUACUCCUUCACUGCAGCCAAUCCCAGAAGACGUUCUCUACAAGAUCCUCCGCCUAUUGAUCCUCUACAAACAAAAAAGGUUCGCAAGGUCCCCCCUGGCCUGCCUUCAUCUGUGUACGCACCGUCUCCAAACUCAGAAGACUUCAACAGAGAUUCACCUUCUUACUCUUCUCCUAAACCCUCCAGCAGUAUGUUUGCAAGCACUUUCUUUGAUGGUACCCACAGUUCGUCUGACCCGUGGAACUCAUCCAGUGGGAUCAGCCAGCCCGGCUAUGGGGGAAUGCUCGCAGGAUCUUCAUCUCACAUGCCACAGUCAGGAAAUUACAGCAGCCUGCACUCACAUGACCGUUUGAAUUAUCCCGCACACUCAGUCUCUCCAGACAUCAAUGCCAGUCUUCCUCCCAUGUCCAGCUUCCACCGAAGCAACACCAGCACUUCACCAUUCGUCACCGCAGCGCACACCCCGUCCGUCAACACAGCCGAUGGGGUCAUGGCUGCUGCAAAUCGGGGGAACGCCACUGGAAGCUCACAGACUGGAGAUGCACUGGGCAAGGCUUUAGCCUCGAUUUACUCACCUGACCACACUAGCAGUAGUUUUCCAUCCAACCCGUCGACACCUGUGGGUUCUCCUUCACCUCUGACAGCCACAGCAGGCGCUGCCUCAGCAGGCACCGUGGUGACUGCUGCCGGCACCCCGUCUGGAAGGCCAGGUGCAAACCAGUGGCCCCGCGCUAGUGGACAGACCCCCUCCUCUCCAAAUUAUGAGAACUCCCUGCACUCACUGUCUCGAAUGGAGGAUCGUCUGGACAGAUUGGAUGAUGCAAUCCUUGUUCUGAGGAACCAUGCAGUGGGCUCCACCGCCAGUCUGCCCAGCGACAUACACAGUCUGCUGGGACAGGCACAAAAUGGGCCAAUAGCAGCCAUUGGAGCAAACUUCCCCGCCUCUGCAUUGGUUCCAAGUCGGACAGCAGCAAUGCAGGGUGGUGCCCACGCUGACGACGCUGCCAGCCUGAACAACAGCCAUGGAGGACUGCCCAGUGCCGGCUCCACAUCCAGCACAGAACUCAACCACCAAGUGGAAACAUUCAGAGGUCUUACUUCAGGCAUGGCUGGACAGGUGCCGACCACCCUGGAGCUGAAGGUGGAGAAACAGGACAAGGACGAGAUGCACGAUAGCCUCUCCACAGAUGACAAGUCAGACGAUGAGAGCGAUAAAAGAGAUAUGAAGACACCCAGAGCAGGCACACGCACGAGAUCUGACUGCAGGUGGAUUUCUUCUCCCUCCCACAGUCUCACCGAAGACGAAGAUCUGAAUCCAGAGCAGAAGGCUGAACGUGAGCGUGAGAGGAGGAUGGCUAACAACGCCCGUGAACGCCUGAGGGUGCGGGACAUCAACGAGGCCUUCAAGGAGCUCGGACGCAUGUGCCAGCUGCACCUGAAAAGCGAGAAGCCCCAGACUAAACUGCUCAUCCUCCAUCAGGCUGUGGCCGUCAUACUUAGCUUGGAGCAGCAAGUGAGAGAGCGGAAUUUGAACCCCAAAGCAGCCUGCCUUAAGAGAAGGGAGGAGGAAAAAGUGACUGGAGGCUCUGGUGAUGCUCAACAAGGCCACACAGGAGUCCAUCCAGGCCUGACUGACACAUCCAACCCCAUGGGCCACCUCUGAGUAGCAGACAGAUCAAAGUGAUCCAGGUCAUUUCUGUCCCGUUUCGAGUCGGUGACCUUGCUUCCCAGUGACAGACAGGACUCACAGUUUGUGACACCAAUUGGAGGAGACAGACCACUUGAAGCAAAACCACAAGACUAACACAAUCCAAUCCUAAGAUUGAGGAAGAGCCAAGCGUCCAGCUCCCUGUGACCAGUUUCCAUCUGCAAAUUUCUCCCCACAAAGAAAAAAAUCUUCAGCACAUAUCACUGUCUGCAAGAAGUGUGUUGCUUCUGAACAAUCAGAGACUUCGCAAUCUCCUCAAACCGUAUGUGGAAAUUGCCUCGUGCCUAAACUGAAUUGACGAAUGCAUUGUAACAGCAAUUGUUUUUGUUUGUCUGUUUCUUUUUUUUUUCCUAUUUAUUAUGUUAUUGAGCUAUAAAGUGUAUGUCUAAAGGGAAAGUUAAGUAAAUUCACAGAGAAGUAUGCAGCUUUUCAGUUGAUCUAUAGUUUGCCGGUGUCACCAUUAAAACUGAGCACUCCACCCUGCUAAAUCUUUGGCGAGUCCGAGAUGAGGGGAAAAUAUUUGGGCACUGAGAAGAUUGAGAUUAAUUUAUUGGCCAGUUUAUAGUGAUAUUUAUACCUAACUGAAAAUCAUCAUUAGCUGUUAGAACUGAAAGAUUAAAGCGCCCCCUUUUUGUUUUGUUUUUUAAAGAGGAUAUAUUAUUUAUAUUUAUAUUUUAUUCAUUCUGCCACUGGCCACAUCUGUAACCAAAACUACCUAUGAUUGUCUCUCUGUAAUUUAGAUCAAUUUCUGUGCUACUGACCAGUGGAAUAAUAAGCCCAACAACAUUAGCAUCAACAAUAUUGUCUACAUAGGUGACAAAUGAGUGGCAAACUCUAGUUUUACUGAAAGCUCACAUUUAGUUGUGUUCUUUUUUCCUCAGUAGUGAGCAGUAAAAAUUCAGAGAGCAAACUAUUUGCAAACCUUAGCAUUCCCUGCAUAUUUUUAGUGUCUUAACUAAAGGAAAAGUGGACUUCACUGCCCUUCAGUUCCUUUGCCAUAUAGUGUUAAAUGUAAGCAGUGACAUAUUUUUGCAGAUUCUUGUCUUUGUUUAGCCUCCUGACAGUUACAUGCUCCUGAUGUCAGUACAGAAGUGGCUUGUUUUUUUUGUGUGUGUUUGUUUUGUCAUUUUUCCGCCACCAGCUAAUCAGAGAUUGCUUAAUGAAGAAGUAGUUUAAGAUUAAAAAAAAAGAAAGAAACGACGACCACACUUUGUCCUGGCCUGAUGAAAAUACCACUUUCUCAAUUUUCUUUCUGUUAAUAUCUCAAGACAUUAGAUUUCAAAAGCAGUUACUCUCAGUAAAAUUUAGUUAUGCUUAUUUGUGUUGUAACAAGUCCUUUCUUUAGUCUUCCAUCAUUAUAAUGUCCAGUUUCAGUCAGCAGAGAGAACAUCUAAGUUAUUUUUCAAAGAUGUUUUGAUCCAAGCAGUGAUAUACUCAUGCAGCAAAAGUCAGACUAGAUAUUUCUUGAAUUUUGUUGAACAUUAUAGAACUGUAGCACAAUAAUGAACAAAAACAGUUAACAGGAUUUUUUUUUAUGUUUCAAGACAUUGUUCAUGGCUUUAUUUUAUUUUUCCCUAUCAGUGUGCAUGCUUUACGUUUCUCCUUUUAUUAAGUCUUUGGUCUUAAGACUUGCUUUAUAUUCCAUUUAUUUCUUUGUAUAUUGUCUUCUAUCAUUAUCUACACCUUAAACAAGGCUGCCACAUUCAGAAUGAGUAUUCUGUACAAAAAGGGACUUAAAUUAGAAUAAAAGAUGCCACACCACGAGUUUACAUUAAAGAUUUAUGACUAAACAACUUUGUUCUAGUGAAAAAAGAAAACCUAAAGAGUUUUUUUGUGUAUUCUCUGACUGAAUGUGGCCUUGUUCUUCAUUUCAGUAUUCACAAACUUGUAUUCAUGUUGGCAGACUUUGAUUGAGGGUAUAAUGUAUGUCACUUCCUGCUCUCUUUUUCCUUCAUUUUUUUUUAAAUUUCCUGUUCUUCCUAUAUUUCUUUGCUCCUCUGUUUGCCAAGUUAGACUUUGCUGUAUUCCCAGAUGCUUUCCCUUGUAUAAUAUAUGAAAAACAAGAAAAUCAAAAGGAAAAAAAAAAACAUUUGGCUUAUUUUUCACUGUAGUUAGUCUUUUAUACAAUAAUACUGUAA